AUGGUGGAAAUGCUUGUGAAUGUCAAGAAAUGGAUUGAAGAAAACAGAGCUGCUUUCCUGCCUCCUGUGUGCAAUAAGCUUAUGCACAACCAUCAGCUGAAUGUCAUGUUUGUUGGUGGACCAAACCAAAGAAAAGAUUAUCAUAUUGAAGAAGGAGAAGAGUUGUUUUACCAGCUGGAUGGAGAUAUGUGCCUCAAGAUAAUAGAAAAUGGAAAACACAAAGAUAUCUACAUUAAAGAAGGAGAGAUGUUUCUCUUACCAGCCAGGAUUCCACACUCUCCUCAACGAUACAAAAACACUGUGGGAUUGGUGAUUGAAAGGAAAAGGUUAAAGACAGAAACUGAUGGACUCAGAUACUAUGUUGGAGAAUCAACUGAUGUUCUUUUUGAAAGGUGGUUUCACUGUGAUGACCUUGGUACACAACUUAUCCCAAUAAUCCAAGAGUUUUUCAGCUCUAAGCAGUAUCAAAACGGAAAACCCAAUCCAGAUGACCUUUUGAAAGAAACUCCUUUCCCACUAAAUGACACCAAGGUCAUAGAUCCCUUUUCCUUGAAAGACUGGCUGAAUGAUCAUCAUGUUGAUAUCCAGCAGAAGAAAUCUUUGAGACUUUUUGAUGAUAACUUUGAAACCGAGGUUAUAAUUUUUGGAUCAGGAAUAACUGAAGAGGGAGGAAAGGAUGCAGAUAUAUGGAUAUGGCAGAUGGAAGGCACAUCUGUUCUUACUACAGAUGGUAAAUCCUUGACUUUAGCAACUGGUGACAGUCUUCUCAUCCCUGUACAGACUAAGUUUCAUUGGCAAAGAGAAGAAGGAUCUAUUGUUCUUCAUGUUGUUCAGGACCCGCAGCAGAAAAGACCAUAUGCCUGA